UUUAUAUUUUUUAGUUAUUAUCAUUUGGAUUACAUCAUAGAGUAACCGAACGACGUUGUGUGAUAAUAGCUAUGAAAUCAGCUGGGUGUAACUCAAUGGCCUUGAUGUUGUUUUAUUGUUAAGGAUACAAUGUUUUUUCACAAUUUUUGUUUGUGUUCAUUACUCUGUUAUGAUUGUUGUUUAAUAUAAAAAUGUAUAACAAGAAAGUUUAAUAUAUUUUUAUUUACAUUUCGCUAUUCAAUGUAUACAUUUACGCGUUUGACAAUGAUAUACAUAUCUUUUAACUAUAACAUAAUUAGUAAAUGAUACUUCAAUAAUUUUUCAUCGACUCAAUACAUUUUAUCUAAAGUAAGCCAAUUGAGUUAUAGUAUACAAUGUUAUGUUUAACUAAGUUAUGACUUAUAUUCUUAUACAACUUACAUUUAAAAUACUAGAGUAAUGGGCCGUAUCAGAGAAAACAUGUCUGGGUUGGUCCAAUUUUUUUUUGAUCACCUGCUAACUCAUUCAUAAUGUUUUCCUACAAAUCUAAACACAGUGAUAUACUUUUAAACAAACUUAGGCUGUGUAUUUGAAACAUCUGAAACAAAAAUAGUAAAACUUAAAAAAAUAAUUAUCAAUACAGGUGGGCCUUAUAGUAAAAAUAAUAAUACAAUAUUGAACUUUAAAUUUCAAAUGAUAUUUUGGAAUUUUAUAAGAUUAACGAGGAGAUGAAUAUUGUGCUGCUUAAAUUUAAAUACGAAUGUAGGAACAAUAUAAUUAAUGUUUUGUAGUUAAUCAAAAUUAAUUUUUACAUGAGUAGGUACUAAGUGACACUAUUCCAUACUAAUCAAUUAAUAAAUAAUGUUUUAUUAUACCUACCCGUGUUAAUACAUUCAUACAUUACAUGCAGUUGUGGAUGUUUAGAUAUAUUUUUACUUAAUCUGGAUAAUACAAAUAAAUUAUCCAGUCUUACUAUUAUUAAUAUUAUCAUACUCGUGUUGCCUAAACAUCUAAAACAGUUUCUGGCCCUGACUUAAAUGGCCAGAUAAUCUAAUAUGAUCAAAAGCAGCCAUACAGAUGUAAUCAAUUUUUAGUAUGUAGUGUAUGUAGAUGCAUAGCUGUUUAAGCAGUGCAUCAUUAUUAUUUAUGUUGUGUGCCAAAUAUUUAAUAUUGGAUAUCAAUAUGUUUUUAUAAUAUUUGUAAAACAUAAGUCAUUCAAAUAUAUUUUGACAGUGUUUGUAAUAAAUUACUAAAUUAAAUUCAAAAAAUUCACUUUUUAUUUUUUUUAAAUAUACCCAAGUUUUUCAAAAUUUGUAUUAUUACUCUAUGGGCCUAUAAUUAUUGUAAAUUUUUGUUUUUUUUUUCAGGUUGAAUCUAUUGAUAUAAACAGUACCACCUUGGUGACAAUAGAAUUAAAUACAUAUUUAUUAAACAUUUUAAUUUUACAUCUUGUUCAAGCUAAGAAAAUGUCUUUUCAAUCAAUUAACUUUCUACUUCAACAAGCAGAAGAGUCUCAAAAUAAAAAUAAACCAAUUAAUUCUAAUAAGAUAGAUUUACGAACACCAUAUGGUCUUAAUGAUUUAAUGUUUGAUGACAAUGAACUAUAUUCUUGUGAUCAAAACAUUGACUCUUCAAUGCCAUUACUACGCAUUGAAAACCAAACAACUGAUGAAUGCUCAAACAUUUCUGAUUAUAUUAGUAAACACUUAGCAUUGUUAUCAACCCAAGAACCUAAACUCUCAGCAAAUGAAUGUGUUAAAAAUAUAGUACCAAAAUUACCUCUAUCUGAAAAUAUUAAUACAAAUUGUGUAAAUACAACCACCACCAAGCCAUCUGUACAAAAAGGAGACAGUUCCAAAAAAAAAUACAACAUUUUUCGUACUAAACCAUUGGCAAAAGUUCGAAAAUCACCUUUGGUAAAACCAGAUUCAGGUUUGAGUUUAGCUCUAGGACGAAAAUACCCAAAAUCAAAUUCAAAUUUGACAAGUGCUUAUCUAUACAAUGUGUUGGUUGAAACACGGACUCGUGGAUUCAGAUUCCAUACUCCUUCUCCAGAUGAAUCUGUGUUAUCUUGGAUGGAUAUUGUCAGACAAAUGCCCAAUAAAUAAAAUAAUAUUACAUUUUUCCAAUUGUUAUUACUUAUAUUGAUUAUAUUUUAUUAGUACAUACAUAAUUAGUUUUAAAAAUGAUAUAUAGUCAUCUAUUAAUUUUAGCCCCUUAUUUAUCUCACACUAAUGGAGUCAAUUGCUCUUAUUCUCGCCCUUCAUAUCCAUUACCAUUUUUUCAUCUACUCAGUCAUGAUUAUUUGGUUUAAUUUCAUACACAUAAUAUGAAUACUGGGCUUUAUUGAGAAAACUCGUGUAACGGCCCAUGAAUUGAAUAAAGGAAUGUAAUGAAUUGUAUUGUACUCAUAUGGUCUCAAAUCUCAUAUAACCUCUAUAUGAUUUUUCUUUGGUCUACGUUUUUUCCCAAUUAAUAUCUGCAUUUGACUGUCUUGUUUUUUUUUUUUUAACAUUUAUUAUAGGUAUAACUAUUUAUUUUAGUAAACUUAAUUAUUAGAAUAUUAUUUCUUGAGUUAUAUAUUUAUUUUAAAAACUAGUGUUUAUUAAGCUUAAAAAUUUGAAUAUGCUCUGUAAUCAAUCUAUGUUAUUUAUUUUAUAAUUAUAAUAUAUAAUAUAUAUAUAUAUUAUAAUAUUUUAUAAUUUAUUUUAUGAAUUAAAUAUAUAAAUAAAAAAAUGUAUGUGUAGAAAUAAAAAAUAAAUAAAUGAAUGUGUCGUCUGGAGUAUUAUGAUAAGUGUAAUAUACGGCCGGUUUCGAAUUGAAAAUUCAUCAUCAGGUAUAUCACAGUCAAAAUGUAAAAUGCGACUACUACUUUUUUGACUGUGAUGUACCUGAUGAUGAAUUUUUAAUUCAAAACCAGUCGUAUAAAACAAUUAUCAUAAUGCUCCAGGCAAGACAUUUAUUUAUAUAUUAUUUCUAUGUAUACAUUUUUUUAUUUAUAUAUUUAUUUACAAGUAUUAACCAUUUAAAUAAUUUUAUUUUUAUUUUAUUAUUUUAUUGUUUAUGAAUUAUAUUUUAAAUACACGUAAAUACAAUUUUAUUUGCCGAACAUUAUUAUUUCAAAAACUAUAAAUUUUGUAUAUUAUAUUAUUAAUUGACUUCUAUAUAACAUUGUUAAUAUAUUUAAUUGGUGUUUAAUAAUAAUAAAUUAAGUAAAAAUUGUGUGCGGAUUAAUAAUGUGGGUGAAGACUGCAGAGUAGAAAUAUGAAAAAUGUCUGAUUCAUUUGUUAUAUUAUAUUUAUUAACAUUUUUUUUAAAUUCAAUUUUUUAAAUAACAAG